GGUGUGUGCCAUGAGUGAAAGAGGAGCAGACAACCAUUCAGAGGUGACUGACUUCAUUCUUGUAGGAUUCCGAAUCCGCCCUGAGCUCCAUACUCUCCUCUUCCUGCUUUUUCUGUUUAUCUAUAGCAUGGUCUUUCUGGGAAAUGCUGGCAUUAUAACUCUCAUCCUUACUGACCCCCGAUUGAACACACCCAUGUAUUUCUUCCUAGGCAACCUCUCCUUCAUCGACCUCUCCUGUGCUUCUGCUAUAGCACUGAAGGCCAUGGCCAAUAUCUUAUACAUGAGAAAUACCAUCUCUUUCACAGGCUGUGUGAUCCAGCUCUUCCUCUUUGCCCUCUUCAUGGUAACAGAAGGUUUUGUUUUAUCAGCUAUGGCUUAUGACCGCUUCAUAGCCAUCUGCUCUCCUCUGCUCUAUACUGUUCGCAUGUCAAGAUGCUUUUGCACCCAGCUUGUGUUGGGUUCCUAUCUUUGUGGCUGGUUUACAGCCAUUCUCCAAGUAAGCAUGACCUUUUCCUUGUCUUUCUGUGCCUCUCGAGUCAUUGAUGAUUUCUAUUGUGACUCUCACCCAAUGGAAAAAAUCUCAUGUUCUGAUAUUUUUAUCCACAAGAUAGUGUCAUUAACUUUGGCUGGGGUCAUUAUUUUUCCUACAAUUGUAGUCAUCCUGGUGUCCUACACUUAUAUUGUAGCUACCAUCUUGAAAAUCCGCUCUUCUGAAGGCCGAAAGAAAGCCUUCUCAACCUGUAGUUCUCACCUGGGGGUUGUGAGUUUGCUCUAUGGGACUGUCUUUUUUGUAUAUGUCAUUCCUCCUGACAGUCCUGAGUUACGCAAAAUAGCUUCUGUAUGUUAUACCCUUGUCACUCCAAUGUUGAAUCCUCUGAUUUACUCUCUAAGAAAUAAGGAAGUCAAAGCUGCUUUGCAAAGAAUUGUGAGGAAGAGAAAAAAAGCUUUAUUCUAAAUCCUUUCUUUUCUCUUAAUUGCUUUUUUCAAUGUGAAUUCUGUAAUCCUG